GACCCCUAUCAACCCGGAAGAAAUGGUCUAAUGCAACACUGUCAGUAUUGCUCGGUGGUCGAAAUGGAAUCGUGAGACAAAUCCUGGUCGGACUGUGAUUGAAGGAGGCCACGAUGUCGGAUUCAAUGAGCACUGACAUCGGCCUCGUCCCGGACCGUACCACUCCUCUAGAACGCUCUCGGCGUCGCUGGUCCUUGGGUUGUAUAUUCAUCGUCCAGGCACUGCAUGGUGUGGCGUUUUAUGCCAUGUCUUCAAGCCUCAUGGCCAUAGCUAAGACACACCUGAAGUUCUCCAACACAGCUGCUGUCGGGACCAGUUUAGCCUUUUCUGCGUGCGUAUAUGUAAUGCCAUCGGUUGGAGGAACAGUAGGCGACAUCCAGCUGGGGCGGUACAAAACGAUAUUCUACGGUAUAGCUCUCUAUCUUCUCGGAACAGUGUUAUCAUUGAUACUGGUCGUUUUGCUGAAUGUGUCGAAAACUACACCAAUAGAUGUCCUUCCAAUGCGGAUAGUUUACAUCUGUAGCUUAAUAUUGGUUGCAGUCAGCCGGGGUUUUAUCAAAACCAACAUCAUCCCAUUCGGGGCACAGCAAGUUGACCAGAGUAAAAGCUUCCAUAUUACAUCCUACUUCCGAUGGUCGAUAUGGUUCUUCAACAUCGGCAAGUUCUGUGCCUACUGCCCGCUAGCUUUUUUUGUCCUGAAUGUCGGCAUAACAGAUGGCCUUCUGAUCCAGGCCAUCGUUCAGGUGGUGACUGUCGGGCUAUCUGUGGCGGUAUUUAUACUUGGCAAAGGGAAGUACACGGUGUCACAUCAUGUGUCUCCACCUUCGACAGGAACGGCCUCAAUCAAAUACUUGUGGGAGGUCGUCCGAUCGUCUCUGUCCUGCUUCAAGAAACGCCAACCUUGGGAUGAUGACACGAGCUGGACUGAAUCAGCGGAAACAGUCACCAAAGAAGAAAAGGCAAUCACCAGGAUAGUGUUCAAGAAGAUCUGCUUUAUGCUGGGUAUCUUUGCCUCAAUUGGAGUUUUCGAGACUUUGUAUUUCCAGAUGACUUCCACCUACAUCAUGCAAGGAAAGAGUUUACGGCACGAUAUGGAGAUUCUCCCGAAACAGCUGAUGAAUGCCUUUGCCCCUUGUGUGGUCCUGGUUGGUGUGCCCCUCACCGAGUUUGUAUCCAGAAAGUACUGGUCUAGGGAGAGGCGAAAGUACAAAUUCACAGAGCUUAUGCAAAUGGGUUCGGGAACAAUCUUCGCUGCUCUCUCGGUCCUUUGUGCUGGCAUCAUAGAGUCUGCAAUACGCACUGGUUGGGAUGUGAAUGUCUUUUGGCAGAUGCCUCAGUUCACCCUUAUGGGGAUGGCUGACCUCUUGGUAUUCAUACCUGGUUUCGAAUUCUGUUACCGCGAGAGCAUGGCUGGCUUGGCGAGUUUCACAACCGGUCUCUUCUUCGCCGUGGGCUCGCUCUUUGGCUUCAUUAUCUUUCUGGCAUUCAUUCCUCUUGGGACCAUUCAAGUUGGUGAACAACUCAAUGAAAAAUACUUCGAGUAUCUGUUUUACGUGUUGUUUGGUCUGAUGGUCGUCGUGCUUUUAGUGAUCUUUCUCCCCCUAUCCCACUGGUACACUGGACUGAGGCGGGAGUUACUCAACAAGGAGCAGGAAAGAGCAAGGGGGAUGGAGGUGACGAUACAGCAAGUUCGGCCACAAGACGAGGGAGGAGAAAGCUAAAAAUACUGUGAUCAAGAUAUGAACUGGCAUACAUUUUUAUCUUUCUCCCAACGGCCCCUAACCUGCUGGAACACUGGACUCGGAGAAGAGUUGCUCAGCAAGGAGAAGACAAGAGCAAAGGGGUGGCGGCGACAGUGCAAGAUCAGACUACGAUGACGAAGGAGAAAGCUAGCUGGGUUUUCAAAGAAAGUGACUUUAUAUGGUGCACUCUCCUAAUUUAACCUUCUGAAUUGUCGGUGGUCGAGGAGGACAUUAUUUCUAGGAGUAACUCUUGUACUGCAAACUAUCCAGCGGUAGUGGUAUUUGUGAUCAAGAUCAUCGCCAGUGAUUUCUUUAUAUGUCAGUCUCAAGUCGAACUGAGAACUGAACGUCUUUGAUACCAGUGUAGUUACGUGUUAGGAGUCUUGUCCGAUAAGUCACCCAACCGUACAGGUGACCCAAAGUCAACCUGGCAGCUAACCCAACCCUCGACAUUAAUGUUGGUAGAAUUGUGACGGCAAAAGGGAUACGACAACACACAUGGUCCUGAGUUUCAUUAUAGGAACCGCUGACAGACAAGGUUUUACAAGAGCAUUGCCUUACCUGCAGUGGCUACUGUAAUUUAUUAAGCAACGGGGCCCAGGAAGGACGUGUCAAAUGUUGUCCUGGAUUAUGCAAGGCCCUUAUGAUAAAAUGCACAAAUAACAAUCAAGAUUGUGAAUCUUUCCAUUUUUUAUGUAUUUUAUAUUUUGAUCUUUCCAAUACAUUGGUGUCUGUCGAUGUAUAGAAAUCACUCAUAGCAAGCAUGCUUGCUAAUCUAUCGGUUGAUUCUGAGUCACAUAUUUCAUUUGGGCACUUAAUCGGGUGAGGUAACCUAAUCAGUUGCAACACGGCCGAUAAGAAGCAAAUCCAGAGUCACCGCGAUGGAGCUGCAGCCCGGUCUCCACCCUCACGUUUUUUCUAUCAUUUGUAAUAGCAAUUCUUCUCUCAACCAAGUCAAAGGGGAAAGAUAAAGAUAAAAAGGUUCUUUUGAACACGAUGCAUGUCAGAUAACGAACGAACGGAAAGCAGAAUCAACACGAUUUAUCUCAUUAUUGUAAUUACACAUUCAAUUCAUGCGUAACAUGUCAUGUCUCCUUUCAUCCAUUUCGUUUUAUGAAAUAGGCGGUUACCAUCUCAACAAAGCUUCUUCGCACACCAAUAUCUUUUACGCUUUUAAUCAGGUAUAUGCUGCUUGUAAUUUGGGUUUGAAGUUUUUAUAUAUUGUUUGUGAAUGUGAUUGAAGAUGCGCACAAUACAAGGAGAUUAAAUGGAUAUGGCGUCAUUAGAAUAUUGGAAAAGGAACUCAAUUCGUUCUCGCGAGAUUGAACGGAAAUGUGAUUAAUAAAGAUGAGCUUAGUGA